AGGAGGCUAAGGCAGGAUGCUGGGCACGUCAUGGCCGUAGCCCCAGAAUAUCCUUUUUCCUGGAAGUCGUCUGUUUUGACUGCACUUCUUCAUGCCUCUUCUACCUUGCAUCAUGUCCCAGAGUAGCGGUCAGGUCCUGUGUUUCGACUUAAUCUCUUUAGUCUUGAUUGACUUGGAACCGCGUGGAUGAAAUCCAAUUGCAUUUGUGCAGCAACGUUCAGCGUGUUCCACCUGAGUACCGACCAACUUGUGCUGCAAACUGAAAGACACUUUUUCCCUUUGGGUUUCAAAGAUGUAUGCACAUUUUUUCAGUUUCUGAAAGAGGUGGAUGUUAACAUGGAUACUGUAAGCACUAAAGUUGAUAGCACUGUAUCGAGGCUGAAAAAGAAAUAUGAUGUAUUACUUGCACUAUACCACAAGUUUGAAAGGACUUGUGGCCUUAUUUAUCUGGAACAACCUAGUAGUGAGAUUUCUGCUGAACUCAGUUCUGUAUUAGUCCUAAAAAAUUACUGGAUUACUUUUUUGCUGGCAAAAGGUAAAGUGUUGCAAGUGGAAGAUGACCUGGUGAUUUCUUUCCAGUUGUUGCUGUGUGUCUUAGAUUAUUUUAUCAAACUGUCACCUCCUGCUAUGCUCAAGGAACCAUACAAGUCUGCUGUGACUGCAGUGACUGUUAAUGGUUCAGCUCGAACUCCAAGAAGAGGUCAGAACAGGAAUACACGUACUUCAAAGCAAAUUGAUACCGAUACAAAAGUUAUUGAAGUCCUUUGUAAAGAGCAUGAUUGUAAUUUAGAUGAGGUCAAAAAUGUGUAUUUCACAAGCUUUAUUCCUUUCUUGAAUUCUAUUGGUAUUGUAGCUUCAAAUGGACUACCAGAGGUUGAGGUUCUCUCAAAACAGUAUGAUGAGCUCUAUCACAACAACAAAGAUAUAGACGCAAGAUUAUUUCUGGAUCACGAUGAAACCCUACAGCCUGAUGUCAUAGCAUGCUCACAGUUGGAGAGGACACCAAUAAAAAACAAUCCAGAUGAGGAACUUAAUGUUAUACUUCCACAGACUCCCGUUCGAGCUGCAAUGAAUAACAUUCAGCAAUUGAUUAUGAUUUUAAACUCAGCAACUGAUAAACCAUCAGAUACUCUCAUCAGGUAUUUCAAUAAUUGCACAGUGAACCCCAAGGAUAGUAUCCUGAAAAGAGUGGAAAGCCUUGGCCACAUCUUCAAAAUGAAAUUUGCUGAAGCAGUUGGACAGGGAUGUGCUGAAAUUGGCUCACAGAGAUAUAAGCUUGGAGUACGUCUGUAUUACAGAGUAAUGGAGUCUAUGCUGAAGUCGGAGGAAGAGCGCCUCUCAGUGCAGAAUUUCAGCAAACUUCUGAAUGAUAACAUCUUCCACACGUCUCUUCUGGCAUGUGCUCUUGAGGUUGUCAUGGCUACAUAUGGCAGAAGUGCUUCACAAAGUGAUGGUACCAGUGCUGAAACAGACUUGUCUUUCCCAUGGAUUCUCAAUGUAUUUGAUUUAAAAGCUUUUGACUUCUACAAGGUGAUUGAAAGCUUUAUUAAAGCGGAGCCAAGCCUAACAAGGGAAAUGAUAAAGCAUCUAGAACGCUGUGAACAUCGAAUUAUGGAGUCUCUUGCUUGGCAAUCUGGGUCACCUCUGUUCGAUCUUAUCAAGCAGUCAAAAGAACGAGAGGGCCAAACCGACCAGCCUGAGCCCGCUUCCACUCUCAACGUGCCUCUCCAACACAACCACACUGCUGCAGACCUCUAUCUUUCUCCUGUGAGAUCUCCUAAGAAGAAAGCAUCUGGACCUUCUCUAGGUGCUUCUUCCACUCCAGAUGCUCAGCCAGGUGUGACCCCCCAAACACAGAAACCACAGAAAUCUACCUCCCUCUCUCUGUUCUACAAAAAAGUGUAUCUACUGGCCUAUCUUCGACUACAUACCCUGUUUUUUCGGCUUCUCUCUGAACAUCCUGACCUGGAACCCUUGAUCUGGACCCUCUUCCAGCACACGCUGCAAAACGAGUAUGAGCUUAUGAGAGACAGGCACUUGGACCAGAUCAUGAUGUGUUGCAUGUAUGGCAUAUGCAAAGUAAAGAAUGUAGAUCUCAGAUUUAAAAUAAUAGUUUCAGCAUACAAGGAGCUUCCCAACACAAAUCAAGAGACUUUCAAACGUGUUCUUAUCAGGGAAGAACAGUAUGACUCCAUUAUAGUCUUCUACAACUUAGUGUUUAUGCAGAAGCUGAAAACAAACAUUUUGCAGUAUGCCUCCAACAGGCCUCCCACUCUGUCACCUAUCCCACACAUUCCUCGCAGCCCUUACCAGUUUUCCAACUCUCCUCGGCGUGUCCCUGCUGGCAAUAACAUCUACAUCUCGCCCUUGAAGAGCCCAUACAAAUUCUCCGACGGGUUUCAGUCACCCACAAAGAUGACUCCAAGGUCUAGAAUUUUGGUGUCUAUUGGUGAAUCGUUUGGGACUUCUGAAAAGUUUCAAAAAAUAAACCAGAUGGUGUGCAACAGUGACUGCCAGCUAAAACGCAGCGCAGAAGUAAGCACUGCUCCUAAGCCACUGAAGAGGCUGCGCUUUGAUAUAGAAGGGCAAGACGAAGCAGAUGGAAGCAAACACCUACCCCAGGAGUCGAAGUUCCAACAAAAGCUUGCAGAAAUGACAUCUACUCGAACAAGAAUGCAAAAGCAGAAGCUGAAUGAUGGAAAUGAUACCUCAGCCAGUGAAGGAAAGUGAGAUUCUUCUCAGGACCAGGGGCUGCACUGCAGGCCCUCUUAGAUUGUUUUUGUUCAUUAAUUGAGUUGCUUUUUUAGUUGCUUUUUAUUCAGAACUGCUAGUUGAAAACAUUUGGACUUUUUAAAUUUUUAAAUGUUUUUCAUGAUACUUUGCCUUAUGAUGUAGCAUAUAUACAAUGUAAGCCACUGAAUUUAAUUUAUCUAUUUUUUUGAGGAUUUUAAAAACAGACUUGGAAGGUGUCUUGGUUUCCUAUUGCAACGUUACUGAUUUAAGCCAAUUCAGUCUACUUGGACUGAUUUUUUUUUUCUGUCUAAAGACAAAACGUUAGCUAGAAUGAUUUGAAAUGCACUAAUUUUGUUUCUUAGAUUUCAUUUUUAGAUUUUCUUUACUUGCAAAUUUUGAAAAUGAGGGGCCAGAUACUGCAAAGAUUUGUCUCUGUAUAUAAUUAGCGCAUCAAAUUCCCAUUAACUUAAACUGCAGAGCAGUCGUAGACCUUGCAGAGUCAGUACGUGAGAAGUACAAUCUGAAUUCAAAGGGAACUCGUUAUGUAGCCGUACUACUGAAACCAAUACUUAGCGUUGUGUAGUUCUCCUUCCCCAGCUCUCACCCCCCUGCAAUUUCAGAGGGCACUGUCCAUCAGUUGGAAUUUCAUGGAACGUGAAUCCCACAGAGAAUCUUCCCAGAAGCCAGAGCUUCUUCCCAUAUGCAGAGUACUUGAUGUGCACUUUCCUAUCUUGGAAAAACCUCAAUUAUUUAAAAGAAAAAAGAACCCCAAACCUAAAUCCCACCUGGUACACAUAAGAUUUUGAAAUUCUAAUGAUGUAGAAUUUUCUUGAUUUCUUCAAAUUUUCCCCUAACUGUAGCCAAGCCAAACAGCUUAAGAAACAGGCCCCAAACCUGUUUCCUAUGGCUGAAAGCUGAGUCUCUCCAGUUGGGUUCCAGGUAUGAGUGGCCUGGUCUCUAAAAGCACAGGGCGUCUCCC